UGGAGAGAUGUAUGUGCACUAUGCAGAUCGGCACUCAGAUGACCAAAAUGAAGGGGAAGAAGAAAGGACUUGUCCGAUUCUUUUACCUAGACGAACACAAGUCCUGCAUCCGGUGGAGGCCCUCCAGGAAACAUGACAAGGCUAAAAUAACUAUCGAUUCCAUCCAUGAAGUAUGUGAGGGGAAAAAGUCAGAGAUGUUCAGGCGAUACGCAGACAAUCGCUUCGACCCAAACUACUGCUUUAGUAUUUACUACGGGGAGCGAGUGAAGUCCCUGGACUUGGUCUCCAACAACGCAGAGGAGGCCCGCACCUGGAUCACCGGGCUCAAAUACCUCAUGGCUGGCAUCAGUGAUGAGGACAGUUUUACGAGGAGGCAACGCACCCGUGAUCAAUGGUUACAGCAGACUUUCUCUGAGGCUGACAAAAACGGUGAUGGCACCUUGAGCAUUGGAGAGGUUCACCAGCUGCUCCACAAACUCAAUGUGAAUUUACCCAAGGAGAAAGUCAGGCAGAUGUUUCAAGAAGCAGACACAGACGAGAACCAGGGCUCUCUGGGCUUUGAAGAAUUCUGUGCGUUUUACAAGAUGAUUUCCACUCGCAGAGACCUCUACCUGAUAAUGAUCUCCUACAGCAAUCAGAAAGAAGUCCUGGAUCUUCACGACCUUGCACGCUUUCUGGAAAACGAACAGAAGAUGCGAGGUUUGCCCAAAGAGUAUCUAGUCGACAUAGUAACCCAAUUUGAGCCAUGUCCUGAGAACUUGCAGCGAACAGUGCUGGGUAUUGAUGGUUUUACUAACUUCAUGAGGAGUCCGGCAGGUGAUAUCUUCAACCCUGAGCACAAUCAGGUGAACCAGGACAUGACGCAGCCGCUGACCAACUACUUCAUUGCCACUUCACACAACACGUACCUGACAGGAGACCAGCUGCUCUCUCAGUCUCGAGUGGAAAUGUACGCCUAUGUUCUGCAGGCAGGCUGUCGCUGUGUGGAGGUGGACUGCUGGGACGGGCCUGACGGGGAGCCCAUUAUUCAUCACGGCUACACUUUGACAUCCAAGAUUCCAUUUAAAGAAGUCAUUGAGACAAUUAACAAAUAUGCCUUCACAAAAUCACCGUACCCAGUGAUCUUGUCCAUAGAGAAUCACUGCACUGUGCCUCAGCAAAAAAAGAUGGCUGAGUAUCUGAAGGAGGUGCUGCAGGACAAACUGGAUCUGUCCGGUGUCAAUGUUCAUGAAUGCAAGAGGCUGCCUUCCCCUGAGAUUCUUAAAGGGAAGGUUUUGGUCAAGGGUAAAAAGCUGCCAGCAAACCUAGAUCCUAGUGCAGAGGAGGGCGAUGUGUCGGAUGAAGACACUGGUGAUGAGGAAGAGGAGGAGGAAGAAGAUGGCGAUGAUGAUGAUAAUUCACAGGACGGUAGUAUCGUUAAUCCUACCAAUCAAAGAAAAAAGAAAAGACGAUUUGACAAAUCGAUCAUAGCGAGCUUCAAACGAAAGAGGAAAAAAAGGUUACGAGUGAAAAACAAGACAAUAUCUGGUGGCGAGUCAGACCACAGCAAGGAGAAGGCACAAAUAGUUUACCAUCCCAAAAAGAGGAAAACAAUGAGGUUGUCCCGACAUCUGUCUGACCUGGUCAAGUAUACAAAAUCGGUCCGUGUGCAUGACAUAGAAACACAAGCAUUUGAAAACAGUUGGCAGGUAUCAUCCCUCAACGAGACUGUUAUGAACCAGAUCUUACAGCUGAAAGCAGCCGAGUUGGUCCGCUUCAACCAACGCCAACUUAUAAGAGUCUACCCGUCCAACUACAGAGUGGACUCAAGCAACUUCAACCCACAACUGUACUGGAACGCAGGAUGCCAUAUGGUUGCACUGAAUUAUCAAACAGAGGGCCGGAUGCUUGAUCUGAACCGAGCCAAGUUCUCAAGCAAUGGGAACUGUGGAUAUAUUCUAAGGCCAAAGGUCAUGUGUAAAGGUGCCUUUAACCCCAUGUUAGAAAGUCCCCUACAAGGAACCAGAAAGAUUCAGUUAGUGCUGAAGAUCAUCAGCGGACAGCAGAUUCCUAAACCCAAAGACUCCAUGUUUGGGGACAGAGGAGAGAUUAUUGAUCCCUUUGUUGAGGUUGAGAUAGUUGGUAUAAAUGUGGAUUGUUCCAAGCAGCAGACCAAGGUGGUGGAUGAUAAUGGUUUUAAUCCAAUGUGGGAGGAGACCCUUGUCUAUAACGUCAAAAUGCCGCAGAUCGCUCUGGUGCGUUUCCAUGUGUGGGAUCAUAAUCCUCUUGGACGAGAAUUCAUCGGGCAGAGAACUGUUGCUCUCAGAAGCUUGAUGCCAGGUUAUCGGCAUGUGUACCUGGAGGGGAUGGCGGAGUCAUCCAUCUUUGUUCAUGUCGCUGUCAAUGACAUGUCAUUAAAGAUGAAACCCGGAAAUGCGGUGCAUGCGGCCAGAAAACACAUCCAAAAAGCAGCUCAGAAGCAUAUGAAGGGUCCUCAAAAGCAGCCUUCUCUAGACUCCUCUGUCCAGUCCUCAGAAGACGGACGUGGUCUGUUCUUCCGCAAGGAUCUGGAUACCAUUUCCCAGGACAGCAGGAAUGGAGAAAUAUUUCCUCUGUUACAAGGCCCAACAGCCAAGACUGCAAUCCUAAAAGGGGCCAUGAGUGAGCCAUUGAGGCGGGCGCACCGAGUUAAAAUUCAUGAACCAUCGGGGACACGGAGGGGAAUCUUCAGCCGGAUGUCCUCCACUGACUCCUACCACACGGGGGCUGCUCCCUGUGCAAAAGAGGACAGCUUUGACCUUGAGACCUUACCCCAGGCUUCCUGCGAGGUUCCUGACGGCCAAAACUCAAUUCAAGAAGAAUGGGAGAAUGAACUUGCUGAACCGCCAGAGUCACACUGUGCUGAGCAGGAGACAGUUCAGAGGCUUGAGCCAAAGCAUCCUGAACAGUUUGAAGAAUUACCAACAGGACCACACCCAGACAAGUUCAUUGCUAUUAAACCUGAGCAACCAACAGACACUCAAAGUCAGCCUGAUACACUCUCUCUGCCUCGGCCUCAGCCUCUGCCUAGACACAUGCGACAGCAUCUGCUUCAGCCUGAAGAAAAAUCCUCUCAACUCAUCGCUCCACCGUCCCCUGCCAGGAUGAGACGGACCUUAGAGGCUCCAGCCACACCUGGACAGUUUACACCAAUACGAACAAAGGCCCGUUCACGCAGUUGCCCUCGAAAAUCAACUGCAUCUCCUCAGACACCUAUGGUAAACCGCAGGCCUGCUGACCCCUGGCAGAACCAAGGAGCACAAAACUACAGCAGCUACAGCAGCCAGGUGAGGCCGAUCCCCAACGGCCUCCUCCUGUCUGACAGCACAUCCAGCGGCAGUGGCGGUAGCACAGACAGCCUGGAGUUUCUUCCGUCCUGUGUGCCAGCUGGGGCAGAGUCACGUGAAGGCACCCUGCAGAGGGAGAUGAAGGCCCUUUUUGACCAGAAGAUGAGGGAGAUUGGCUGUAAAUCCCCAAUUUUUCUAAAUGAACAAGCUGAGAUUUGACUGGUCCUUCAGAAGACAAUGAAGAGAGUAACAAUACAACCACAAACGGUUGUUCGAAGAAAUAAUUGAGAUUUUCUUUAUAGAUCAGUAGGAAAAUACCACGAAAUGUACACAAUUGGAUAUAUUUUUUUAUUGUUAUAGGCCCGCUGUAAUGUUUACAAUUAACACAGUUUGUAUGCAUGAAAUAGUUUUUUUAAAUACAUUGUUGAAUCAUCUGACGCCAUUGCCAACUGUACAAAACAGCAUAAAGGACUCAUAUAAAAGUAACA